CCUCAUCCCUAUGGUGUCCUAUGGGAAUUGCUGAUACGUGCAGCCGUGGUCAGAUUUUUUCUUUUUGCUGUGUGUGUGGGUGAGUUUUUGUUGGAUUAGAAGCCGGCUUUAUGUGGAAGGAGGAAAAGCGAGCCGCGGAACUUUCUGCACUAAUGGAAGAAAACUGUAAACCACUUGAAAAAUGCAGCCUCGGAGAAGAAGAGUGUGAAAGCUUCGAAUCAUUACAGGAUUCCAGCUUCGAGGAGGAGCCGACAGAAACUCGAAGUCUGGAGGCAAUCUGUGGAAAGCUGAACAGUUCCAAAUCCGAAUUUGGGGAUAAAAUAUUCUUCCUAGCAACAGAGUUAAAGGAAGAGGAAUCCGAACAAGACGGAUUGGUGGUGGAUAUUUCCAAAAGGAUACAGUCCUUAGAAGAUGAAUCAAAAUUACUCAAAUCACAAGUAGCUGAAGCCAAAACCACCUUCAAAAUAUUUCAAAUGAAUGAAGAGCUACUUAAAAUAGCCAUAAACGAUACUUUGAGUGAAAGUUCCCAACUUCAGGAAAGCCAGAAACAGCUUCUACAAGAAGCUGAAGAAUGGAAAGAACAAGCUAGUGAACUUAAUGAACAGAAAAUAACAUUCGAAGACUCCAAAGUAUAUGCAAAACAAGUUUUAUGUGACAAAGAAAACCAGAUCAAAUCUCUGACUGAAUACUUGCUAAAGAUGCGAGACUGGACUGCAGUGCUUGGAGAAGACGUCAGGGAUGAUAAGUUGGAAUUGGAAAUGAGUGAUUCAGAAAAUAGCUCGCUCUCAGGUAGUGAACCAAAAGAAGAUUUGAAGAAGCUGAUUCAUACUGCUAAGUUAAAGGCUUAUUUGAAAACCCUAGAAGGAGAAAGAAACCAAAUAUACAACCAAUUAACUGAAGUAGAUAAAACAAAGGGAGAGCUUAUAGAGUGUAUUAAAAAUCUCCAGGCUGAACACGCAUCUUUGCAGUCAGAAAAUGAACAUCUUGAAAAUGAGAAUCAAAAGCUUCAGCACAAACUUAAAGUAAUGACUGAAAUGUAUCAAGAAAACGAAAAGAUACUUAACAGGAAGUUAACAGUAGAAGAAAAUUACCGGCUAGAGAAAGAGAAAAAACGUUCUAAAGGAGAUGAAAAGAUCACCCAUGCAACUGAAGAUCUAGAGACCUAUAGAAAGCGAGCCAAAGACCUUGAAGAAUUAUUAGAGAGAACCAUUCAUUCUUAUCAAGGGCAGAUUAUUUCCCAUGAAAAAAAAGCCCAUGAUAAUUGGUUGGCAGCUUGGACUGCUGAAAGAAAUCUCGGUGAUUUAAAGAAAGAAAACUUUUACCUCAGACAGAAAUUAACUGAAACAGAGCUUAAAUUUGAACUUUUAGAAAAAGAUCUGUAUGCACUUGAUGCUCCAAGUACAGCAUUUUGCAGAGAGCAUUCCCCAUAUGGUCUGUCACCAUUGGGUCAACCUUCAUCUGAAACAAGAGCUUUUCUCUCUCUUCCAACUUUGUUGGAGGGCUCACUCAGACUCUCACCUUUGCUUCCAGGGGGAAGGAGGAGAGACUUGAGAGGCCCAGGGAAUCCUCAGGACCAUCAGGUGACUAAUGAAAGAGGAGAAUCAAGCUCUGAUAAGUUAACUCAUCUUCACAGGGAACCUUCUCACACUGGGUCCCUUUCACCUCCAUGGGAACAGGAUCAUAGGAUGAUAAUUCCUCCACCAGGCCAACCUUAUCCUGAUCCAGCUCUUCCUCUACAUAGGCAAGACAGAUUUUAUGCUAAUAUUGGUAGGCCAUCUGGACCAGCAGAACACAGAAGUUUUAAUAUGCCAGAUGGGUCAAUGUCUUCCAAAAUGGAAUCCAGUGGGAAUGAUAGCAAAGAUCAUCUUGGUAAUUUAAAUAUGCCUGAUGCAUCUCUCCCCACCAAAAGUAAAGUAGCUGGCCCUGGCGUUGUUCCUCCCAUCAGAGGUUCCUUGUUUCCAAUGGAUGCAAGGGGCCCCUACAUGAGACGAGGUCCUCCUUUUCCUCUACUUCCAGGAAGCAUGUAUGGAGCUUCCUGUGAUUAUUUUCCUCCAAGGGACUUUUCUGGCCCACCACCUCCUCCGUUGGCAAUGGGGAAUGUCUGUUCACCAAGAGCUUUUCCUCAUUAUCUUCUCCCAAGAGCUGGAUUUUACCACCACAUCCUGAAAGAAGAUGUAAGUACCCAUCAGUGUCGAUUCUGCCUUCAAGUGAGCCUACUGCUGAAUGAACAACCAGAAACACAAGAGCCUCGACAAUAGUUUUGGUCUCCAAAAGUAAUUCUGACUUCUUCCAUUUUCAGUUUAAGUACAGCUGUUACUUAAGUGAUUAUACUUAUGCUCAAAUGGGAGCUUAAUGGAUACAUUCUCAAAGAUAGUAUUUUAUAAAUAAAGAUUAUUUAAAUAUGAAUCUAAUCAAUUAUUUCUAUUUUAUUUUAUUCUACACAAUGUAAUUAUUUUAAUUUGAUUAACAAAUCCACUAUCACAUAAACAAUAAUGGGAGUUUCCUAUAUGUGAUCUUGUAGUUGGGGAUGUUUUAAAUUCCAAAGGCUAUGUCUUUAUGCCAAGAACUGUAUUUCCUAUUGUUAUAGACAAAUGUGAAAAUAACUUUAUGCUUAAUUAAGUAAAUUUUAAUUGAUUUAAAUAUUUGCUUGGCAUAGACUAUAAUAAUAGAAUCAGCUAGUUUUUUUUCAUUAAAGAAAAAAAGGGUGGAGUAGUCCUCACACAAAAUCCUUUGACCUGAAUGCCCUAAAAGUGGGCUCUAAUGCAAGACUGGUAAAUCUGAAAGUGUAGACCUUUUCCAACUAGGAAUCUAAGAAUGAGGGACAUUUUUCAGAUGUGAAAAUCCAAGGGCUACUAUUUUGCUGCAGUGUCCACUUGUUUACUUAAAAAAAGCCCAAAACAAAUAUUUUUUUGAGUCAUGUUCAAAACUGUGGGUAUGGGCAGAAGGAUUUGUUGGGGUGAUACAAAGGACCAUGAUCCCCACCUUCACGGAGCUGACUCUUGUAUAUCACAGCUAACCAGUGCUACCAGCAGAACCUCAUAAGGAUCAAGGGCAGCAAGAUCAAAAGUGCUACAUAAUUACUCUCCCUUUC